GCCGUCUCCUAGGGACCAGCGGCCAUUUUAAAAUGUCAGUGCUUGUGUGAGUAACACACACACACAGCGCUGACAUCAGCUUGGGCAAGGCACGAGCAGAGAAUUUUCUCGAAACUUGACAAUAUUUCCGGCCUCGUGUACAGGUUACGAAAGUGGUUCAAAGGGAAACAUGUGCGUGACGUGUUCACGGGUCGUCGAGCAGACUGUUGAUGUCGCCACCUGUCGUGUUCUACUGCUGGUAGAUGUGAGAUAAGGACCUUACAGUGAAGAAAAAAAUGACGGGCAAAGACCAUCUGAAGUUUGAAGCCCGUAUACUACGAAAAAUCAUAAGGGGAAUAAUGAAAGAACUGGAUGACCAUCACAAAAAUGUAAACAUUGCCACUGCCACUGGCAGUGCUGCAUCCGUUGUUGGUGGAGUGUUAACAGUAGCGGGCGCCAUCCUCGCGAUCCCAACAGCAGGUCUGUCUCUGGCUGUGGUUGGUGGCGGCGCCAUAUUGGCUGGUGCUGGUGGCGCCGUCUGUCUGGGAGCAUCGAUAGUGGAGCGCAUCAUCCAGAAGCACAACCUGUCGGACGUGCAGACGAGAUGGGAACAAUUUCAAAGAGACUUAGCGAUCUACUACACUGACUGUUAUGGUUCUGAGGAGGUUACUCAGGAUAUUUUGACAAUCGUCGGGAAGAUCAUCGACGGGGUGAUGGAAGCCAAGCAAGGGUAUCAACUGAUCCAGGGUAGUGUGGCGACAGUCGAAGCGCUCAGAGUGGGUGCGUUGGGCGGCAGGCUGGCGGCGGGUGCCUCACGGGUGGGCAGUAUUGUUGAGGCGAGUGCGGUGGGAGGUGUGGCGGUUCUGGGCAGUAAGGCCGUGGGCAGAGCGUUCUUGGUCCUGAAUGUCGUCCUCAUCCCCAUCAGCCUGGUGGACCUCGUGCGGUCAGCGUCUGCAGCCAACAGUGGCGAGCGGUCAGCUGCAUCGUCUAGACUGGAGAGACUGGCUGACUUCCUGGAUAAGGUUGCCAACGAUGAGCUGUAGAGACAUGAGAACAUUCACUCACACAGAGGCAUGAACAUACACACACAACCUCCCUCCCCAAACAAAAAAACAACACAUACUUAAAUGCUUUUAUGAACUCGGAAGCAUGCUUUGUCUGAGCCACACACACGCACGCACGAACUUAUUUAUGCAGAGCCAGGGAGGUUGUCAAGGCAACUGAUGACUGGUUUGGGAACUGACAAAAUUUGUUAAAAGCUGCCCAAGACAGUAUCACGGAGUUUUCUACUAACCAGAAGACAUCUAAGCAAGUUAAAAUUUGUCUGUAUUCCUUUAUUUUUAUGUCUAUUUAAAAAGAGAGUGACUGUUGUAUGGAUAUGUUUCUGAAAUGAAUUACAAGGUUGUUUUUUUUUCAAUAAAGUCUUGACUGUUAAGAGGGCUA